AUGUCAGUUGAUACUCACGAAUUCCAAGAAGAUGGAAUGGAGUUUAAAGAUGGGAACUUGUUGAUUCAAACAAUUUUACUUAACCCCGAAGAUUCAAUGUCUUCUCCUUUAUCUCCUCAAAAGCUGAAUCUUCCAUCAAAACGUCCCAGAGAGGAUGAUGAAUACGAUCCUGCAUUAAAACAUAAAAAAGAGAUAUUAUCGUUGAUGUUUAAUCAGAGUCAGAGAUCGACUCGUUCGAAGGAAUCAACGCCAAAAAAAUCGAAAACUUGUGAAGAUGAUUCAGCAUUAGAUAUUCCGGACGAAGGAUUAAAUGAGCAUGCUACGGAUAAUACUAUUAGUAACUUGAUUUUAUCGCCUAAGGGUGGUAACGAAAAUGAUAUAAAUCGAAGACGUAGAGUGUUAUUUCCUAAAAGAUUGCCCAAAUCUAAACCUUCGGAAACCUCCGUUGUUUAUAUUUGCAAGGGACCGGAUUAUAAGGGAAAGUUCAUUCCCGAAAAAGCAAAGGCACUUGGUCUAAAACCUGGACGUCAAUAUGCCGACUUGGUUAAAGGAAUAUCGGUAACCGCGCCAGAUGGAACAGUUAUUCAUCCCCAUCAGGUCAUUGGACCGUCCAGGACUGGUCUGAUAUUCAUUAUCAUAGAUGUACCAUCAACAUCUUAUAUACCUUCAAUAUUCGCUUCUCCUGAGCUCGCUGUAUAUCGGUCUGGAAAUAAAGAGUUGCAACCUUGUGUAAUAAUUCACAUGUUAGGAAAUGGAGUUUUAGAGGAUCUUCGAUAUCAAGAAUGGAUGAAAUCUUUUUCUCCAGAAACCGAGCAUGUGAUCAUGAACGAGCAAUAUUGUCCACAGCGGAUCAUUUUUCACAAUACAGCGGAUAGCCAGUUUAAAUUAUCCAAGAUCGACGAUAAACAAUUUCGUAUACCUUAUUAUUCAAACAAACCUCUCAAAAAAUUGGAGCUGGUGUCAAAUAUUCCAAAUAACUCGAAAAUUGCAGAACCAUUGUUAAUCUACCACACAGAGCCUUCAUUUAAGGUGGAUGAAUCUAAUUUAAUUCCUGUUUUUGACCAUAACGACCAGGAUUCUGAGAUUGUGAAGUCUCUGCAUAGUAUGAAUGAAUAUUUGAAUGUUGCUGCACAAGUGCAACAUGAGAUCGCAGGUUUAUCACCCAAGUUAAAAAAGAUCCCAGGAGAAAAUAUUGCCAUUACAACUCUUGGGACAGGGUCGACGCUUCCCUCCAAGUAUAGGAAUGUGAGCUCGACGCUUAUUUCAAUACCCGACCAAGGAUGUAUAUUGCUUGAUGUCGGAGAGGGCACUUUCGCGUCUCUUGUAAGACACCUGGGCCCGUAUGGUGAAAUUCAUGGGGACCAGAUGGGAAUAGAAAACUUUCUCAGGCAUUUAAAGUUUAUUUUCAUUUCUCACAUGCACGCCGAUCAUCACCUUGGCCUAAUUCGUGUGUUAUCAAAGUGGAAUGAGCUUCAUUGUGACGAUGAUAAUGUCUCGAUUCAUAUAAUUGGUCCUUCAAGAUUAUGGAAAUGGCUUAAUGAAUUUGAUGAUGUUCAAGACUUUGGGCUGUCUAAGCUGAAAUUCAUAGACGGUCGUGAUAUACUAUUUCAACGACAGCAGAAUGGAUCACCAAUGAUUUUGCAGGACCUGAAGAAUUGUAUUGGUUUGAAAAGCGUAGAAAGCGUCGAAGCUAUUCAUUGUCCUUCUUCAUAUGGGAUUAGCGUAGAACAUUUGGAUGGCUGGAAAAUUGUCUAUUCUGGGGACACGCGUCCGUGUGACGAUCUUGUUCGUGUCGGAAAAAAUGCUACAUUAUUAAUUCACGAGGCAACGUUCGAUAACGAAUUGAUUGAAGAAGCAUUGAAUAAGAAGCAUAGCACAACGGAAGAGGCAGUAAAAAUUGGCGAACGCAUGAACGCGCGUUCUAUAUUGCUGACUCAUUUUAGCCAAAGGUACCCCAAAGUACCUGUCUUUACUGAUGAUCAUGGUAAAGUUGGAAUUGGUUUCGAUUUUAUGCAGACAACAAUUGGCGAUUUAUAUAAAUCUCCAAAGUAUUUGAAGGCAAUAAAAUUAUUGUACAGUGAGGAUAACGAAGAAGCUGAGUAUGAGUAA